AUGUCUCUUCAGAGCACGGCGGAGCAUCCUCUCCCAGCAAAACUGUACAACGAAAAGGGUGAACUGCAGAGACCCGUCUCCCAAUUUCGCAACUGGAUCUCCAGCGAGCCGGGCGCCAAGUUUCCUCCUGAGAAAGGACGAUAUCAUCUUUACGUUCAAUAUGCUUGUCCUUGGGCGCAUCGGACGUUGAUCGUCCGCAAGCUCAAAGGCCUCGAGUCCGUCAUCUCCGUCACUUCAGUCCACUACCAUAUGGGCAUUGUCGACAGCUGGCGCUUUGUGACGCCCGACGAAAAGCUGCCGCUAGACGAUGUAACACCAGAUCCUCUACAUCCGGAGUUCAAACGGUUGAAAGACCUUUACUUUCACGCUGAACCCAAUUAUACAGGCAGAUUUACCGUGCCUGUGCUUUGGGACAAGAAGACAGAUACGAUUGUCAACAACGAGAGCAGCGAAAUCAUCCGAAUGCUGUACACGGAGUUCGAUCAGUUCUUGCCCGAGGACAAGCGAAAACUAGACCUUUACCCCAAGGGAUUAAGGCAGCAGAUCGAGGAGACGAAUGCCUGGACAUACGACAAUGUGAACAAUGGCGUGUACCAAUGCGGCUUCUGCAAAACUCAGGAGGCAUAUCAUAAGGCAGUCUCGACGCUUUUCGACUCCCUCGACCGCAUUGAGACCCACCUCUCCAACAUCUCGAAAGACGGACCCUACUACUUCGGCGCCGCAAUCACUGAGGCGGAUGUUCGUCUCUACGUGACCAUCGUCCGUUUCGAUCCCGUGUACGUCUCUCUCUUCAAGGCCAACAAAGGCAUGAUUCGCUACCAGUACCCGAAUAUUCAUCGAUGGGUGAGGAACCUGUAUUGGAAUGUCCCGGCGUUCAGAGACACGACGAGCUUCGAGCACAUCAAGGGACAUUAUUUUAUGAGUUUGACGCCUGUGAACCCCGGUGGGAUAAUUCCGGAGGGCCCUGUGCCAGACAUUCUUCCCCUGGAGGAGAACGGGGUUUGA